UCUUCAGGGAUUGGAAGGUAGAAUGCCACGUGCUCGCCUAUGUUGCAAGCCCACAUCAUCACAGUGUUUAACCCACUUCCUUGGUUUUUCUACUACUGCAGCGCCACGAGAUAUAAACAAGAGUGUCACGUCACUUUAUAAAGGCUCUUUGGAAGCAGAGAGGGAACCAUGGAAGCUCUGAAGGGCUUUGAUAUCGACGCCCCACACUGGGAUCAGUCCACGUUCAUGGGCCGUCUCAAACACUUUUUCAACAUCACUGACUGCCGCACUGUUCUGCUGCCUGACUCCAGACUAGAUGAAGCCAAAGCUUUAGUGGAGAGCUGCAGAGCUGGCUCUGUUCCUCCUGGCACAACGGUGGAGCAGCUACACUAUGCCAAGAAGCUGUAUGACUCUGCAUUUCAUCCUGACACAGGUGACAGGAUGAACCUGAUAGGGAGAAUGUCAUUUCAGGUGCCUGGGGGAAUGGCCAUCACGGGGUUCAUGCUUCAGUUUUACAGGACAGUUCCUGCUGUAGUGUUCUGGCAGUGGGUUAACCAGUCUUUCAACGCUCUGGUCAACUACACCAAUCGCAAUGCUGCCUCCCCCAUCACACCAAAGCAGAUUGGAGUAGCUUAUGUGACAGCAACAAGCACAGCGCUGGCCACUGCGGUUGGGCUGAACCUCUACACAAAGAAAGCUCCUCCACUGGUGGCACGCUGGGUGCCGUUCGCUGCUGUGGCCGCGGCUAACUGUGUGAACAUUCCAAUGAUGAGACAACAGGAGAUUUUGAACGGCAUUGCUGUGACAGAUGAAGAUGGAAAUAAACUGGGCCACUCAAGGAAAGCAGCUGUCAAGGGCAUCACACAGGUGGUCAUCUCUCGAGUUACCAUGGCAGCGCCAGGCAUGAUCAUUCUCCCCAUUAUUAUGCAGAGGCUGGAAAAAUACAGGUUCAUGCAGAAAAUCACAUUUCUUCAUGGGCCACUGCAAGUCAUGAUGGUUGGCGUAUUUCUGAUCUUCAUGGUGCCUGCAGCAUGUUCACUGUUUCCUCAGAGUUGUUCUAUGGCUGUAUCCAAGCUGGAACCUGAGCUCAGGGAGUCAAUCAUUUCUCAGUACGGGGACCGUGUUAGUUACGUGUACUUCAACAAAGGCCUGUGAGUGCAGGCCAAUCAAAGACUGGAUGCACGCGUCAUCGGAGUGCACGCAUUCACUCUAAAAAGGAACUUUGAUUAGAGGUUUUGUUUCAUAUCCUAGAAAAAAGGUUUUUAUGCACUAAAGCAUAAUUUAUUGAUAGUUUUUUUUUUACAUUUGGCCCUGACUGCUGCAAAGAAUCAGUUUGAUUUGUGAA